AUUGUCUUUUCCAAUAGAACGCCACGCCAUUAUGUCCUGAUUACUUCUGGGUGAUUUUUUACUAAAAAUUCACUUUUUUUCUUGGAAAUUCUUCCGUGAGGAAGAAUUUUCAUAAAAACACUUUCCAAUAAUUUUUUUGUAAGUUUUCCCAAAUGUCAAAAUUCGUCUAAACAACUCGACUAAAAAAAAACAGUGAAACGUCAAAGUGUUUGUUUAUAUUUUUGAGAAUUUUUGGAUGUUUUUUCAAUAGUUCUAAAAAGUUUUAAUUUUUAUUGAAUUCUCUGUGUUAAUUAGCUGGUUGUUUGAUUAAAUAAGUAAAGAAGAAUAGGAAGGAUAAGGAUGUCGGUGGUUAUAGAAACUACCCUGGGGGAUUUAACAGUUGAUCUCUUUAUCAAGGAACGCCCACUUACUUGCCUCAACUUCCUGAAAUUGUGCAAACUUAAAUUCUACAACUAUAACCUCUUCCAUUCAAUCCAACAUGGGUUCAUUGCACAGACCGGCGAUCCCACGGGUUCCGGACACAGUGGCACGUCCAUAUGGGGCGUCAUUGAGGGUCCACACAAGCGCUACUUUGAAGGGGAAGCCCUCCCGAAGAUUCGACACACCGAAGUGGGGCUCCUGUCGAUGGUUAGCUCUGGCGGGAAUAUGAUUGGAUCGCAAUUCUUCUUCACACUCGGGCAGGAUUUGACGUCACUGGAUGGCGUGCAUUGCGUCAUUGGGGAAGUUGUCGAAGGGCAUGAUGUCCUGCGGCAGCUGAAUGAGGUGAUUUGUGAUGAAAAGUACCGUCCGUACAAAGAUGUUCGCAUCACGCAUACAGUUAUCCUGGAGGAUCCCUUCGAUGAUCCACGGGGAUUCCGUGAACCCACACGGUCUCCCUCGCCAACUCCACGACGUCUUCAGGGUGGCAGAAUUGCAGCUGAUGAGGAAAUUGACGACACUCAGGGAAAGACGGAGGAAGAGAUCACGGAAAUCCUGCAGGAUCAGGAAGCAAAGGCGCGGGCGACAAUUUUGGAAAUUGUUGGAGAUCUUCCGGAUGCCGAUAUUGCUCCACCGGAAAAUGUUCUCUUUGUCUGCAAGCUCAAUCCCGUAACAACUGAUGAUGACUUGGAGUUGAUCUUCAGUCGCUUUGGCAAGAUAAAUAGCUGCGAGGUGAUCAGAGAUCAGACAACUGGUGCAUCCCUGCAGUAUGCCUUUGUGGAGUUUGAUGAGCAAAAAUCCUGCGAAGAUGCUUACUUUAAAAUGAAUAAUGUCCUCAUUGACGAUCGGAGGAUUCAUGUGGACUUUUCACAGUCUGUAUCAAAGGUCAAAUGGCGCGGAAAGGGAAGGGGAGUGUACCACGUGAAGGAGGAAAGGAAAAAACAAGAUGGGAGGAAGGAUGAAAAUAACUUUUCCAAUGAGAGAAGAAGAGACGAUGAAAGGAGUAGAAGGAAUCAGGACUUCCGGCGUAGAAGUAGGGAGAGAUCCCAUGAAAUGCGUCGCAAUUACUCUCCACCAGCAGCACCAAGGAGAAGUGAUUCUUCAAGGCAUCACCACAAUGAGAAGAAUCGUUCUCCAGCACAGAGAAGAGGUGAUUCAUCGAGAUAUGCAAAUGAUCGUCAACGUUCUGGAGGAAGGUCACGGAGUCCACAGAGAAAUUCAACGAGACGAUCGCAUUCUCGUUCCGAUCAAAUCGCCCACGCAUCGCGAAGAUCUCGCAUUUCCCGGAGUCCGGAACGCCAGAGGGUGUCAUCGUCACAGUCCAAUGGUCGCGACAGAAAACGCACUGAACGCGUGGAAUCGUCGAGCAGUGAACGGGAGAAGGAGGAGAAGCGCAAAAAGCAGAAAAGGAACAAGACCAAGAAGUCAAAAAAAUCACGCACGAGCUCAGAUGAUAGUUCAUCCAGUGACUCCCAAGACUACCGAAAGUCCAACAAGAAGAAGAAGAAGAAGCACAAGAAGGAUCGAUAGAAAAUCUAUACCUACUAAAUGGAAGUCUUCAGUUUGGAAGCUAUAAAUUUGUGUCUCAAGAAAAUUAAAAAAUUGUAAAGAAAA